UUAGCUCUGUGCGACAUGCAUAACGCAUGAGAGCCACUCCGAGACAUAUCUUUUUCUCCGUUCUCGUUCUCUUUUCUCUCUUCUCGGCUGUCCGUCUGUCUGCUUCUUUGGCCUGGACUCUGCUCGUGGCCCGUCAGUCUCGAGUGGUCGGCAGUGUGCUCGUGCAGUUUCGUCGCGUCGUCGUCAUCGUGCCUCGAGUCCUGUACAGACCGGUACAAAUUAGUGCAGCGUAGUGUGCAGGUGUCGUUGAGCGCAGCUGCAGAAAGCGAGGUGAGAGAGAGAGAGAAAGAGAGAGAGAGGGAGAGGAGAACCAAGUGAAUGAAGACGAGUGCGCGAACCUAGAGCCGCGGCAGGCUCAUCGCGUCUAAAUCGCGACAGCCGGGGACACUCGGCACCACGGCAUCUCGUCAUGGUAUCAACGUUCAUCGUGCAGUCUCCGACGGCUCGCUGGACAGAGACUACGAGCGGUUCGACCAAUCGCUCGAUCGUUCUUAAUAGUCAUAAAGACUGAGUACUACGUCGAUUCCAUUAGUAAAGAGAGAACGAAGAAGGCGGAAACAGAAAUAACAAAUAAUUGUUGCGCCUGUAAACCGGGGACGAGUUGCCGCCGACUGAUCGGAGAUAACCUAGUAAUUAGAAGGAAUUUGGCAAGAGGCAGCAGAUCGCCAGUAGAUGGCUGCUACGACGUACAUGCCGAUAAGUAGCGCAGUUUCGUCGGAGCUGGAUGGUGGCACGGGAUCGGUGAGCGGGAUGAAUAUCGCCGUGAGUGGCUACUCGUCGGGUUCGCCGCGCAGCGCGGCCGACGCCGGAGAGAUGAAGUACAUGCCGGCGCCGCAGCACCACCACCAUCAUCAUCAUCACCAUCAGAUGACCUCGUCACCGUCGCCGAAUGGCUUGUCUCACCCGGCUUCGCUAUCGGCUGCCAACCCGUGGGCUUCGCUCGGCCAGCCGGGCAGCGAUCCGUGGGCUGCCUCAAUGGGCAUGCACCAUCCCCACCAUCAUCCGCACGCCCAGGCCAACACCGCCGCGGCUUCGCUGGACGUCAAGCCGUUGGCGGCAGCGGCGGCGGCGGCCCAGGCGCAGGCCGCCCAAGAGCAGGCGAUGCAGGCCGCCGCCGCGGCAGCCGCGGCGGCAGCCGGUCACCGGGGCCCGCAUCAGUCGCCCCCGGGCAUGGCCUCGCCCCACCAUUCUCACCAUUCGUCGUGGCAUGCGCCCGUCGUACCCUCGGCCCACUACAACCCCGGUGGCGGCUCACCCUCGCCGGCCGCUCUGCAGCAAUACCACGCCGCGAUGAAUGGCAUCCUGCAGCACCACCAGCCGCACCAGCACCCGCACCAGUUACACCAGGCCCACCAGCAGGCCGGACUGGCGCACCACCUGCGCGACUCGCACAACCACAGUCCGCCCGUGGGCGGAGGUGGCGGGAGCGGCCAUCCGCUGCACCCAGGCCAUCCGCUCGAGCGUGAGCACAGCGCUGGCGAGGAGGACACCCCAACGAGCGACGACCUUGAGGCCUUCGCCAAGCAAUUCAAGCAACGCCGCAUCAAGCUCGGCUUCACCCAGGCCGACGUGGGCCUGGCUCUUGGCACUCUAUACGGCAACGUCUUCUCGCAGACAACCAUCUGCAGGUUCGAGGCGUUGCAGCUCAGCUUCAAGAACAUGUGCAAGCUCAAGCCCCUGCUGCAGAAGUGGUUGGAGGAGGCGGACUCGUCGACGGGCUCGCCGACCAACAUUGACAAGAUCGCCGCGCAGGGCCGCAAGCGCAAGAAGCGCACCUCGAUCGAAGUGUCGGUGAAGGGUGCCCUCGAGCAGCACUUCCAUAAACAGCCCAAGCCCUCGGCGCAGGAGAUCACCUCGCUAGCCGACAGCUUGCAGUUGGAAAAGGAGGUAGUGCGAGUCUGGUUUUGCAAUAGGCGCCAGAAGGAGAAGCGCAUGACUCCACCCAACACCCUCGGCGACAGCAUCAUCGAGGGCAUGCCGCCGGGCCACCAGCCAGGCGGCGGCCAGCCGGGACUUCACCAGCACUCCUACCACCCGCAUGACCACCUGCAGGGCUCACCCAUGGGCCACAGCCACAGCCCGCCGAUGCUCAGCCCCCAGGGUCUCACAGCGCAUUCGCUCGCGGCCCACUAGCGUUCGCCGGCGCCUCCCCCGUUGGGCCUCGUCGCCGCCACGUCGCAGGCCAACUCGUCCGGCGCGGAGGCCGCCGUUUUACCGCCGUUCUACCACCACUACCUUCAGGCACGCUCAGGCAGCUACAACAGCUCGUAGCUCGGCCGCGCCGACUCGUUGUCGCCGGUGCCGAUGCCGACGCCAACGAUCAUGACGGCCUCGCAGACGACGCCACUGUACGCGCUCGACGAGAUUGCUCAUCAACACCGGGGAGGCUGCUACUGAAUCUGCAAUCACCUGACACUUCAUCAUAGUCGUUGACAGAACGCCACCGAAUUUGUGCACUCGCUCUCUCGCUACCGCUGUCGUCAAGCUAUAGCGUUCGCCGUAGUGCGUGAGUACCAGUGCGCGACUAUCGAAGCUUCGUGUGUGCAACCCGCAACCCAUCGAGGUUUGUCCCCAACGAACUAUUUUUACCCGCAAGCAAACUGUUUUAUGCACUUUCUAACGUAUAGCAUUAGUAUCUACCGAUUAAACCAAUGGACGAGCCCCCCCGUGCACGUCAACCUGAUCCGCAAACCCAUAAUACACAGCGCGGAUAACGUAGCACGGCAGGACACGAAAAACGCGCUAGUCGAUCGUUGCACGCCCGCGCGCACCAGUUAAUGUAACAUAAGUAAAUACGAACUGUAAAUAAUGUACCAGAUGUAUAAAGUUCUAGUAAGCUUUAAGUGAAAAAAGCACGCGUGUGUAACGCGCGGAUCGAUUUUUUUCCUUUUCUUUAACUUUUUUGUUCUCCAAGUUCUUUUAUUUGUUUAAUUAUUUUUUUUUUUCUUUGCGGGGCUUCCGCCAAACAAGCCAAUAUUCACGACAGACUGAGCGCGUACAAGAGCGGAUUAGCGUGACUUAUUAAAUACGAUUUAUUUAUAAUAAACACAACUCGAUUUUAAUGUGCGAAAUUGAAUGUGUUCGAUCACGGUUCUUCGAGUCCCUUCUGUACAAAAAAAGUCAGUGAUGUCAAGUAGAAAAAAUUUUAGAAACAUAUGAUUAUGAAGGCAAAUACGUCGUCAUAUUUUAAAUGUAUAUUGUUAAUUAUAUUAUUAUCAUUAUUAUCAACAUCUUACUAUUAUCAUGAUUAUUAUUAUUAGAUGUCCGCAUGCCAUCGUCGCGAUUGCUAUUAUUGAUUGUCAAGCCCCGUUUUAAAGUUAUAUACAAUAGUAAUUGUCGAAUUAUUUUUUUUUGUAUCUCUGUCGGUACCAUUAUUAUUAUUAUUAUUAUUAUUAUUAUUAUUAUUAUUAUUAUUAUUAUUACUAUUACUAUUAUUAUUAUUAUUAAUAUUAUUAUUACUAUUAUUAUUAUUAUUAUUAUCAUCAUUAUCAUCAUCAUCAUCAUUAUCAUUAUUAUUGUCAUUAUUAUGAUUAUAACUGUUAUUAAAUUCACUUGUUCGGGAUGGAGUGCAGAAUGAGCAUGUUGAAUCAAACAGAUGUUUUGUAACAACCCGUAUAACUUCAUAUAUAUUGAUAUGAGAGUAGUUCAUUUGUACAAUAUUUAUAUUUGACGAGGUACUUUAGUGCGUACUCCAAGUUCUAGGUGACGUGAACUAAAGUCUUGUACAAAUUACCAUCUAAACUUAUGAAAGUAGCUGAGCGCGAUACAUGUAUGAAUAUGAUAAGAGUUUACGAUAAGGUUAUAAUAUGUUAUGCUGGCGUAUUGAUUGAUUGGUCGAUUGGUUUAUUUGUGUGAAAACCAAUGAACUAAUUAAUCGAUACUGUACAGAAUAUAAAUUGUGAAUAAACUAGAAGGAGUGAGAUGUUCCUCCUUUCCAUAA